AUGGUGGUCGGAAAAUGGCCACGGGAGCCGUCGGGGCCUAUCAACUCGCCUCUCACAUUCCCACCCAACGUUCCGAGUCCUGCUUGUCGUCGUCUCAUCGCACAACUAUUGGAUGAUGAUGAGGAACGCCGGGCUGGCUAUGAGGACUGCCUUUGGUCGGGUGAGGAAAUUACACCAUGGUCAAACCUCAUUCCAGAAUGGCUCGCCGUCAGCCCCGUGUGGAUUUUCGCCGACCAAAACUUCGUCUACUCCGUCCUGCAUCAGAAC